AAAGUGACAGAGGACCAAUUGCUCUAUACACCUCCAUCUUAACUAAGAAACCGAAACUAUACGUGUCAACAACGUCCACAUUCUUUUUAUCGAUCAGAGAGAGAGAGAGAGAAAGAGCUUGAGUUAAAAAUAUGGAGUACGAGCCGUAUGAAAUUUGUCCCCACGAUAAAAGCCACCAAAUUCUCAGGUCACGCAUGGCCGUUCAUCUGACUAAAUGUUCUAAAAACCAUCGUAAAACCAAGAAAGAGCAGUGUCCAUACGACCCACGCCAUCUCAUCAAUCCUGAAGAUUACCAAAGCCAUGUUAAAACCUGCCCAGCUCAAGAAUCUGUCUUGCAUCAUCGUCUGCAUGGUGGCGAUAACAAAACAAAAACUAUUAAUAUUCCUCCAGUGUCUAUUGCCAGCACAGCAGAAACAGUUAUGGAACUACCUGUUGUCAAUUGGGAUGAUGAUCAGGAGGUAGCUAGCUACAAUCCACUGCGAAACAUUGAACAAAAGGAGGUUCUUCGACCUUUGUUGAUAGCUUCAAAGUCGGUAAAGAAAAAAUUUAAAGAGAAUGAAAGAAAGCGUAUGCAGCAGCUGUUGAACGAAAAUGAGAGAAAAGAAAAUCAGAGACGAGAAGAAGAAAAAGUCGCUGCGGAGACUGGUGUACGUAAGCUUCAAAAUAAAUCUAAGGUUGUAAAAAAACCGAAUGUAGAAGAAACGGCAGGAAUAACUGGAGUAAUUAAACAAAUUGAAGAAGUUCAGAUUAAUGACAAAUCUGUUGCACAACCCGAAGCAUCAGGCAAGCUCCAAACAAACCAAUCAGCUAAUGCCGAAGCAUGUGCAUAUCAAGGAGCAAUACCAAAAGAAGCAACGAAUACUACAUCGAUUGAAGAUUCAUCCACGAGUCAGCAAGCCAAAGAAAGUCCAAAUUCACCAAAAAAAGUCCCAUUCAGUUACGCUACGGCCCUGAAUCGUAAUGUUAAGACGGCAACGAAGAGGAUCUAGAAAUGAACAAUAUUCCCGAAAUCAUAAAUGAAAUGGAAAUUGAAGAAAAAAAACGAACUCAACGUUCAACGCAACAAAAUUCUGCUAAACAGAAACGCACCAACUUAAAAAAAGAAGAAAAAAAAGGCAAAAUGAAAAACUGUAAAUAACCACCUUCGAUAAGUUAAAAAAUAGUUCUGAAAAAAAAUAUCAUUACGUCAGUAGUGUCUUCAUACCACGUUAAAUUACAAAUAAAGCAGAAAAAAUGUAAAAAAUGACUGUUAAAACUGGUGAAUGCGUUGGUUAUAUAUUGAUUAAAAUACUAGGGUACGAAAAUAAUUUCUUUUUCUUCUGAGAUUUCUGCGAAACAUUUACGUUGUAUGUAAUUUCAC